AUGUCGCUCACACAUUCGCUGGAGCGCCUCUGGAGGUCGCUAGCCACACGGGCAACAACCCCCUUGGCCUCACAGUGCCGCCGCCACGCCUCGACAGACAUUGCCGACACCAUCACCGAACUCGAAGGCGGUUCUUCUCUACGCAAUCGCAACGAUGCCGACAUUGACAACUUCGCAACCACCUACGACCCUGUAGGCCGCGCUGGCAAACGCAACCGCCAACUGCCCGCCAGCAGAUACAAGUUCCGCCCGCCCAAGUACUACCGCGGUCCUUUGCAUCCUCACCAACCUCCUCCCAAUUCCGAUCCCGCAUCAAGGCUUUUUGUGCCUGGACCUUUCUCAGCGCCUAGACUUGAGCAAACCUAUCAAUCCACGUUUGAGUCCGAUCUUAUGACAUUGGCGUAUACGCAUUUCCCUCCAGGCUACAAAGCCCCUCCCAAAGCAGCUCGAUUGAGAGCUUGGGAAGGCGCUUCGCCAUACUACAAGAACCGUCCUUUGCGCGGGCCCAGAGGUUCUGAUGUGCUGCGCAUGGUCAUGCAAGCAAUCUCCAACGUGCGCGUCACAACCCACAAAACGCGCAAAAACGUUGCGGGCUUUGGACUCAGGGCUGGCCAAUACGUGUCUGUGACUGCAGAGCUCAGAGGAGAGGAUAUGAAUCAUUUCUUGGCCAAGGUUAUUGAUAUCGUUAUGCCCAAGAUCAAGGAGUGGAAGGGUGUCAAGGGCAGUUCGGGAGACUCGAGUGGUAAUCUGACGUUUGGGUUUACGGCUGAGGAGACGGCGCUGUUCCCGGAGAUUGAGAUGAUUCCUGGCUUCCACGUUACCGUCCACACUACCGCUACAAACGACAGAGACGGCAGACUGCUGCUUAGCGCCCUUGGUAUUCCCUUCUACGGCAAGCAGAUCAACUAG